UGAAGUUAUAUGUUCCAAAUUGUCUCUCUCUUUUCCUUCCCUCUACCUUUCAGAGACAGUAAUUUGAUCUGGGCUGUACAUGUAUUAUCAUGUAAAACAGUUUUCCAUAUUGUUUAUUUUUGUAAAAAAACAUUUAUAUAAAUCCCAAACCUCCAAAUAAAAACCCAAAUAAACUAAAGUAAAAAAGAAUAUGCCUUGGGGGCAGCUAGGUGGCUCAGUGGAUUGAGAACCAGGCCUAGAGAUGGGUGGCCCUGGGUUCAAAUUUAGCCUCAGACACUUCCUAGCUACAUGACCCUGUGCAAGUCACUUAAACCACAUUGCCUAGCCUUUACUGCUCUUCUGCCUUGGAACCAAUAGUUCUAAGACAGAAGGUAAGGGUUUAAAAAAAAAUCGUAUUCCAACUCCAACAGUUCCUUAUCUGGAGAUAGAUAGCAUUUUUUUUUCAUAAGUCCUUCAGAACUUGUCCUGGAUCAUUGUAUUCUGAUAACAGCUAAGUCUUUCACAGUUGAUCAUUCCAGAAUAUUAAUGUUACUGUGUACAUUAUUCUGGUUCUCAUUUCACUCUGCAUCAGUUCCUGUAUGUCUUUCCAGCUCUUUCUGAAAUCAUCCUGAUCAUAAUUUUUAACAGCCCAAUAGUAUUACAUCACCAUCAUAUACCACAAUUGUUCAACCAUUCCCCAUUGAUAGAAAGCCCUUCAAUUUCCAAUUUUUUUUGUCACCACAAAAAGGACUGCUCUGAAUAUUUUUGUACAAAGUAGGUCCUCCCCCCUGCUUUUUAAAUUUCUUUGGGAUACAGACCAAGUAGUGGUAUUACAGGAUCAAAAGAUAUGUAUUGUUUUAUAGUCCUUUGGGCAUAGUUCCAAAUAGAAUUGGUCUCAUUUCAAUGUGUUCAAUAUUCAAUAUUGUUUGGCCUCAUAUUCAAUAUUGUGUCUUUAGUACAGGGAGGGCUGAGGAGAGUGAGAGAGAUCAGGAUCAUGGAGCAGACAGAAAACACAAUAUUUAUCAAUUGUAGGCAUAAUUUGUAGCACCCUAAAACAAUUAUAAUAGUAAAUCAAAGAUCACUGAUCACAGAUGACCAUAACAGAUAUAGUAAUGAAAAAAACAGAAAUAUUUAGAGAGUUAUCAAAGUGACAUAGUGACAUGAUGGGAGCACAUGCUGUUGGGAAAAAGGGGCCCAUAGACAUGCUCAAAAAUAUCCAUGAAACACAAUAACACAAGGUAUGCCUGUACUGGCCUCAUAGGAUUGUUGGGAGAUUCAAAUGAGAUAGUGUGUAUAAAGCAAUUUUGUAAAUCUUAAAAUCCUAUAUAUGUUCUUUGUUAUUGACUGGGGAAGAGGAGGAGAUGGUAGUAAAAGGCAUUUCUAAAGAUCAGGAAAAGUAAAAUGGCCUUUGGCAUGAAAAUUUGAAACUUGUUCAAAUAUCCAUGUGCUUAUUAAUCUGACCUGUGUUGCUUUUUCUGGAGAGGAGUGGGGAUAAAGGAUAUAGCAUAUAGGAAGGUUUGUUAAUUUUGGUCUAGCAGCUUAUAUGCAGAGUAAAAGAGAACUAGGGAAAGAGGUUUUUUGGUUCAUUUUUAAUUUUAAUAAUGAAACAAAACGUUUUCCUGUUUUCUUGCUAACCCUUAUGGCUGUUGAUCACUUUGUUAGGGAUCACUCAAGGCUGUAAAGCAUAACCAUUUUUUCUCUAGUUAAGAUGUCUACUUGUGUGACUAGUACCUAAGUUUUUAAAAAACCCUUAUCUUUUGUCUUAGAAUCAAUGCUAUGUAAUGCAGAAGAGUGGUAAGGGUUAAGCAGUGGGAGUUAAGUGACUUGCCAGAACCACACCGUAGCUGAGGUUAGAGUUGAACCCAAGACCUGCCAUCUUAAAUCAUUGAUUUCUUUAGUUAACAUUGGCCAGUGAAUUUGGAACACAAGAUUUUAUUAUGUUGAGGAUUUUCUAUUUAAGAGAAUAAAAUCUUGCUCCAAUGAAACAUCCAACAAAACCAAGGUAGUGAUAGAAAAGGGCAGUUGAAUGAGUCAUACUGGAGUGAUUGUGUGUUUUUCUCAAAGAUAUUGUAGUUUCUCAGUGAUGGAUGCACCCAAGGAUGAUAGCCUUCCCUCAAAACAUAACAUCUGAAUAUUUGCUUAUUCAUGGUGGGAUUAGCAGUACAAUAGGACUCUGUUUGGAAGGGCUUUCUUGAACCAAGUUUUGGGACAGAAUUUAGUCAUAAUACUGGUGACUGAUUUCACAGAUAUUCUACCUGUUGAGUUUUUUGUUGUUUUUUUUUGGUCAAACUUCUCAAACCUGUGAUUUGCUGACCAGUCCAAAUGUUGACAAGAUAGUAGUAAUCCCCUCGGAUCCUCAGUUAUAAAUUUCCAUGCUUAGGUGGUCCUACCAAGUUCUUUUGGAAAAGCUGUUUUGGCUUUUGACGGUGAUAGUCCAUUACCUAGGUUUGCGCUUAAGGCUUCCAAAACUAUAACCGCAGCAGUUACAUGAGAGUUUUCUAAGAGAUAAGUUUGUAUAAGGAGGCUAUUUGUGGUAUAGAACCCAAAAUAACUUUCUGAGAGAAUGCCCCAUUCUCUGGAAAUUCCUGAUCUAGUCUAUUGUAGGAGUUCAAAUAGUAUUUUUUCAGUUUAGUUGUCUUUAGGUUCUGUUAUGUUUUAAUGUCAAUUUCUUCUUAAAGUGGCAAGUUUAAAUUGUACUUAUCAUAUAGUAGGUAUGUAAAGUUAUACAUUUAUGGUUUUCCUAUCAUCAUGUGCUAUGAGGAAGAAAAGCACUAUUAAAUCAAAGUAAUUGUAUGAGGAAGCAGCUGGUUGAUACGGUGUCAGGAAAUCAGGCCUGAAGUCAGAAAGGUAGUUAUACUGAGUUCACAUUUGAUUUCAGGUACUAGCUGUGUGACCCUGGACAAGUCACCCUGAUUGCCUCAGUUUCCUCAUUUAUAAAAUGAGCUGGAGAAGAAUAUGGCAAACCCCUCUAUAUCUUUUCCAAGAAAAUUCCAAAUGUGGGUGUAAACGAGUCAGACACAAUUGAAAGGGCUGAAUGACAACAAACUAUGAAUCAGUUUUUCUGUUCUAUUUGCCUCUAUUGGGAUUCUCAAAUCAAGCUACUUAUGUUAUAAAUUCUUGUUGGCUGACCUCAUGGAAGAGACAUGCUGCUUGUUUUACUUGACUCCAAAAGACAGAACUAGGAAAUUCUGCAGAACUGAAGAAGAUACCUAUAGAAGAUGCAGGAAGGCUCUUCCAGACAAUGAUAAAAAAAAAUAGCUAAUGAUUAGAGCUAGAAUCAACUUUCCCAGAAUGUCAUAAGUUCCCCAAAAUUAGUCUAAAUAAAUACUUCUUUGGGAAGUGGUUGUAGAGGAAAUUCAUGCUUCAUGUUUGGGUUGAACUUAGAUGACCUUUGAGAUCCCUUCUAAGACUUAAAGGUUUUAUGUGUGUAAUAUAUAUUAGUGAAAGAAACUUUGUUCUGAUCUAGGCCAUGCUAACCUUGUUUUGUAGCUAAAUAAAGAUCUUUAUUCCUCAGAUUGUCAAUAUGACACCUUUCAAAGCAGAAUUAGAAUUUAGCUGAAAGAACAUUUUGUUCCUUAAGAUUUUUCUUCCUUAAAAAAAAAUCCAACAUGCUUUUUAAAAAAGUAUACAGUUAGGGACACAGAAAUCAAUGAUAACCAUGCAUCUGAUGUAUUAGAAUAUUCAACAUUUUUAUUAAUACUUUCUAUUUUUAUAUCAUCUUCACUUCCUAAUAAACUCCCUUACUUGUGAUUGUAGCUUGUAACAAACUAUUUAGGCUAUCAUUAUCUAUUUAUAGAAUUCUUCAAGGUUCAGAAUUACUUCAUGCAAUUCUCACAACUCUGUGAGGUGAAUGCUUAAUAUUAUCCUCAUUCUGUAGAUUUGGAAACUGAGUCUCUGGGAGGCUGAUAACAUUCAAGAUGACAUAGUGGAUAAGUAACAUUGUACCCAUCUUUUGGCCCUGAGUAGUUCAUUGUCAUUCAUUUGUUCCUGCAAAAUGAACCAUAUCUGAUUUAAUAUGUUGUUGCCAUUUUGGUAUGUCCUUAGCCAGGAUGAUACAUUUGAUAUAUUAAAGGCAACAUUUUAGGUUGUAGUGUUUCUGUGGCUCCUUUGUGACUUUCAGGUUUGCUGUGAUGAGUUUUAAGCAUCCUAUGCAACAGAAAGUUUAGGACACUAAUUCUCUUUCUAUAAAUUAAUUUCUCUGCCUUUACUUCUGCAUUAGCAGCCAUUCCAUUCUUUAGGAAUUAAUUUAUCACAUUUAAGUGGCUUGUCUUUUUAUCUUGAUUUGUGAUAGCUAAGUUGUUAAUGCAGUCAAUUGGUCAAAGUGAUGGAUGAGUAAAAGAAUUGUUUAGAAAUGAUUGAGAGGAAUGUUUGAUGUUAAGAAGGUUGAUGAGCAGGUUAUAUAGUUCAUUUUAAAAAGGUUAGUCUGAAUGUAGAAUUGAAAAGUGAAGUAAGAUGGAGGGGGAAAAUCUUGUGAAAGAAGAAAUGCUAGGCUUUCUUGACUGAAUGUGAAGAAUUGAAUUUUACUUCAUUGGAAAAUCAGGAGAAAUUGCAGUAAUAUGGAAUUUAACAUGCUCAAUCUUGAGGCCUUUUGCCCUUUCUCCUAGUUUUUAUUUUUAAUUCACAAAACAGAAGUAUUGAAAACGUGCAAAAUAAGCCCUUAACCCUAGAACAGGGAAUUUAUAGACUCAGAAUUUUAAUUACAGGAAGCUUUUAGCCUCAAUUUAACUCAAACUUAUCUUUGGAAACUGACACCCAAAGAGGUGACUUGUCCAAAAUAACUAGUGUUUUGCAAGAAUUAGUACUAGAAUCCAGUUCUCCUGACUUCCCAGCCAGUGUUCUUGGGGUUAUUCCACAGUUCCUCCUUUCUUCUCCCUUUUCUGACCAGGUAGUCCAACAACGCUGGAUGAGCAGAGAAUUAAGGAAGUGAAGAGUUGAAGGACCGGAAUAGGCCCUAUGACACAUUUAACUUGCACUCUUUGGAGAACUCUUUAAUGGAUAUGAUAAGGACUGAUCAUGAGCCUCUGAAAGGUAAACACUACCCUCCCAGUGGCCCACCAAUGAGUUUCGCUGAUAUUAUGUGGAGGAAUCAUUUUGCAGGACGCAUGGGAAUAAAUUUCCAUCACCCAGGAACAGAUAACAUUAUGGCACUUAACACCAGGAGCUAUGGGCGGAGACGAGGUCGGUCUUCUCUCUUUCCCUUUGAAGAUGCCUUUCUAGAGGACAGUCAUGGUGACCAGUCCUUAUCAUCAGGCUUGAGCUCUCCAACUCGCUGUCAGAAUGGUGAAAGAGUGGAACGUUAUUCUAGAAAGGUGUUUGUUGGAGGCCUCCCUCCUGACAUCGAUGAAGAUGAGAUUACUGCCAGCUUUCGUAGGUUUGGACCUCUUGUGGUGGACUGGCCUCACAAAGCUGAAAGCAAGUCAUAUUUUCCACCUAAAGGAUAUGCCUUUCUGCUGUUCCAGGAAGAAAGCUCAGUACAAGCUUUGAUAGAUGCCUGUCUAGAAGAAGAUGGUAAACUUUACCUAUGUGUGUCAAGUCCCACCAUAAAAGAUAAACCGGUGCAAAUUCGACCAUGGAACCUAAGUGACAGUGACUUUGUAAUGGAUGGCUCUCAGCCUUUGGACCCCAGAAAAACUAUCUUUGUUGGGGGAGUUCCACGACCCCUUCGAGCUGUUGAAUUGGCAAUGAUUAUGGACCGUCUUUAUGGGGGCGUCUGCUAUGCUGGUAUUGAUACAGACCCAGAACUGAAGUACCCAAAAGGUGCCGGCAGAGUGGCUUUCUCCAAUCAGCAAAGUUAUAUUGCUGCUAUCAGUGCACGAUUCGUGCAGCUUCAACACAACGACAUUGACAAACGGGUGGAAGUGAAGCCAUACGUGCUGGAUGAUCAGAUGUGCGAUGAAUGCCAGGGCACCCGCUGCGGUGGCAAGUUCGCUCCCUUUUUCUGUGCCAACGUCACCUGUCUGCAGUAUUACUGUGAAUACUGCUGGGCCAGCAUCCACUCCCGGGCUGGGCGGGAGUUCCACAAGCCACUGGUGAAGGAGGGGGGAGACCGCCCCCGCCACGUCCCCUUCCGCUGGAGCUGAGUCCAGCGCCUAGCUCAGCCACAAGUACUGGAGUAGAUAACUUGGAGGGAAAAGAGCGGCUGCCUCUGGGCUUAGAGUGUUCUGGAAAUCUGUGCAUUCGUUCUCGACUUUAAAGAAGAAAUGGGUCUUUUUUAUUAUUAUUAUUUACAGUCAUAUUACUGAACUCAGUGUCCGGUAUAAUGCAAACCUGCAGAGUGUAACUGUCCUGGCUCGCACUUUGACUCCCCCAUUGUCUGCUUGGUACCUUAAUUCUCACCCAAGACUUGUCACUAGUGACAAUUUGUAGACUGCCAUUCUCAUCGGCCUCCCUCGGGCCGGUGUUUGUGAUGACAAUUUUCUUUUGUAGAAUUCUGAUUGUUCUUAUUUUUGAAACCAGAGCAUGCACUUAUUUUCAGAAACUUUAGCGUUGCCCCCUAGAAGAUGACUUACCAAAGGUAAUCCUCACAAAAGUAGGUGGCAGAUGUAGCAACAACCUCACUGAUGUUCAGCAAUCCUUAGUUUGGGUCAUUUAGAGUAAAACUAACCCUUCAAGAAAAAAAAAAAGCCUUUAGUUGCUCUCCAUUUCGACUUAUAAGGAUGUUACCUCAUAAGCUGUAUCUUUGAUUUUGUUCUCCCCCCUCCCCCUUUUGGGGACUUUUGUUCUGCUGAGGAUUUCGGUUAGAUCUUUUAGUGUUAUCUAAAUGAUGCUGCAAUAGCUUUGGCUGCUAUGAAAAUGGUAUUGUUCGUACCAUAAUACUCUAUUCAAGCUAGGGUAGCGAUCGAAUGAAACCACCCCACCCCACACGUCUGUCCUGUGAGUUAGAGAUAGCGACCGCUGAUGGAAGGAGAGAUCCGCACACACCGACAGGAAGCUUCCGAGGAGGGUCAAUACUUUUGACUGCAUGUUUACUUAAUCAGGUUGCUGCAUGCAAUAAAUUUUAUAUCUAACGUCUAGUAUAAAACUUGCCCACGGUGCACAAAUUAAGAAUCUACGUAGGCUACAAAAUACUCCUUUAAAGAGACAAAACACAACCACCACGGUUUGGGGUGUGUUUUUUUUCUUCUGUUUUUUUUUUUCUCCAAAGAAUUGGUUGUCGACUGGAGGAAAGCAUGCCUCGGUAAAGGAAUACUUAACGAAAUUAAGAACAGCCCCUAACAGAAUGACCUAUAUCACAACUACUAUUAAACCUAGAUGUAGGAUAUUCUUCAAGCAAAUUUGUGGAUGGUAGAUGAAGUACUUUGCGGUGCUCUGUUAUAUAUAUACAUAUAUAUAUAAAUCUAUAUAUUGUGCAAUUUAUUUUAUAUAGUAAAGUGAUUAUGUCUAACUGUGAUCAAACUUAACUGUUUAAAGCCUCUGUGUCAGACAUUAACAAAUUGGACAGUCCGUAACUGGUAUAUUAAUGAACAUGUGAGCUCUUAGUUACAAUCUCCUAAUGCUUGUACCAUUUUACAUAGCUUAAGAUCUUGUCCGGAAAACCAAAGAGCUCAUAUUAGCUUACAUACACUAGGAAUCUAUAUAUAACCUAUACAGUCUAUAGAGCUAAACUUGUCAGAUCGACAAACUCGGUCCAUUUUCAGAAAGCGGGGGAGAAGGUGAUGCUAAAGAAAUGUCUGCCCACGGGACGGUGGCCCCGAGGAGACGGGCUUCCGGCUGUGAAAUUCACUUCUUAGAAUUCCCCGAAACGGAAAUCCUGCGAAGCUUGAAUCCGAUUCAGACCUGCUCACACGGCGGUGGACAUUUUUUUAGCAUGCACUGCAGGGCUGCCGACAGUCAUCUCUAGACACACAUAGUGUACUGACGAUUGCGAAAAAUCUGUCAACAUUCUUUUCUCUUCUUCCUUCUCUCUGUUGCGAUUCUGGGGACAAUCUGACUGGCUAUGACACUGCAGAAUAGACUUUCCGUCACUGUGUCGUUGCACGUGCCGCUGUGAUGUCCUUUUCUGUCUUGAGUUUCUGCGGCUUUUUGUUCCUCCAAUGUUCAGUUCUGAUUAUUGGUUUACAUGCCGUGGAUUGUUUUUUUAAAAAGUUUUAAAAAAAAGUUUUUGUUUGUGUUUUUUUGUUUUGGUUUUGUUUUGGUUUGAUUUGAUGAAUUUCAAAUGCUUCUUAUAAUUCUCCUUUUUGGGCGUAAUUUCUGGGUUUGUGGGCAGUAUUGCUCUUUGUGACCCCAGAGGUUGUGUGUGUGUGUGUGUGUGUGUGUGUGUGUGUACAUGUCUGUGUUUCUGUGUCAUCUUUUGGUUUUGUUUUGUUUUGGUUUUCAUCUGUGAGAUUUUUUGUUAUGCACUACUUACUACCUUUGGUAUCUAGACAGUUUCCAACAGUUGGCUGGUGAUUUUUUUUCUUUUUAAGGAAAAAGGCAUGCUUUCUGGCUGACAUGAUCCUUUGCAAUACCUCAAUUUUGAAAUAUAGGAAAGAAAAUGAUAUUUUCUAAGUAAGUUUAUUCAGAAAAAAUAUAUAUUAAUUUAAUUCUGCAAGAAAAAAUGAUUUAACAGAUGGGUAACUUUAUUUUUUCAUGCUUAUUUGCGAUUUUUUUUUGAAAAUGAAGAAGUUAGAGCUUUAUAACUAUAAUAUUAAAGAUCCUAUCUAACCUACAGAAACCUACCUAGUUGUGUGGAAGGAGCAAAACUUUUUGAAGAUACACCCCUCUUUCUCAUACUAAAAUCACCCCGCCAGAGAGAAAGCUGGAAGACGUACAGCAUAGAGUUGAGUUCAACAUUGUUGUGGAGAAUAGGUUGAAAAUAAACUCCAUUUGGUGCUGAGAGCUGUGAAUAGACGAUGAAAAAUAUUUUCCCUUAAUUUGUAUAUUUCUAAUCAAGCGUUGAUUAUGCACGACUGACCAGAAUUGUGAAAGAGUUCUUCUGUUUGUAUUUUUUUAAAAAGAACUUUUUUAGUUUAUUAAAUUAUAACAUGUUCCCUUUUGUUUGUAAAUAAGUGUGCCCCCCCCCCGAGUUGUUAAUGUUAUAUUAAAAGAGAGGGUCCUUCAAAAAAAAUUAUUUUUUAAAAAAAUCCACAAAAGGUGUUCUGAACUGUAACUUGCCUGAGAAGCGCCUGGGGUCCUACAGGCCUGCCUUGGCCAUUCCUUGGUGUGAGACUUGAACUUGUUUUUUUGAAGGCUAUAACCUAACCUCGACUAUUUGUUGUUAUGUGCAAUACUGUUUGUACUGUUUGUAUAAAAAAUAGAAAAAAAAGAAAAGAAAAAAGGCAUAAAUCUUUAUUGCAGAUUUAUUUUCAUUGCAAACUUUAGACAUUGUGAUUCACUGAAAUCAUUUUUCUACUGUCAAAUAUGUACCUUUUCUUCAUGCUGGUAUUUUUUCAAUAGUAAUGUAGCCUUUGUACUGAGACAAAAAUUUUCAUUGUUAUUUUUAGAAAGAUUUUUUGCUAAGAAAAAAAUUAAACAUAUUUACAUAUUUUUCAUUUUAUUUCGUAUUUUCUUUAAAGAGUGCUUUCUCAAUCAUUAAUAGAGUUGUUUCUGGGAGGGACUUUCAUAUCUGGUCAAUGUCAUAAUAUUAUUUUGUAUUUUUACUUGGAAUAAAUUAAUUUUAUGAUGCUAAUUCCUUAAAAGUUUAUUUUUUUCAUUUUCGGUUAUUUUUGAAGCUAAAACCUUUGUAAUAUUGUUACUAAAGUGUCUAGUUUUUUGAAAUGCAAAGCUUUCUGUAUUAACUUGCUGAAGUGGUUUACAGUAGGUGACAAUGAAUAAAUGGCUGGUUAUGUAAAGUGAUUGGAAAUGUAAUGAAUAAUCGGGCAAUAAAAAAGACAGAAUGGA